UUUCUGCUAUCAGUUUUAACUUGUUUUCGUUUUUUGCAAUAAUCAUGUAUCGUGCUAUGGUCGUACCUACCUCUCCCGUUUUUUCACCUUCGAAAUCCAAAAUUCAGUCGGUAUUCUGCAAAUCAGAAGCGUCGAGCUUCUGCACGUCACCUCGCGUUUAUGGACCACAAUCAUCUGCGACGACGACGAUUGCAACACCGCGGUCUCCUUCGUCGUCGUCUUCGUUGUCGUCUCCGAAAUCUCCUCCUUUGGCCCUUAGUAUUCAGAAGCAACAGCCUUUGCCAGGCUUCGAUUCGGUAUUGAAGAAGAAGAGGCCGAUGAAGUUAGAGAUUCCGGCGGUGGUGUCCGCCACGCUGGGGUUUGCUGCGGAGACACCGAGAGGUGAGGAAGAGGUGCAGGUGGAAGGAAAAGGUUAUUCGGUUUAUUGCAAGCGAGGGAGGCGGGGGUUGAUGGAGGACCGCUACUCGGUUGCUGUUGAUCAUGAUGGAGAUUCCAAACAGGCUUUCUUUGGUGUUUUUGAUGGACAUGGGGGUCCUAAAGCUGCUGAAUUUGUGGUGAAGAAUUUGGAAAAGAAUAUAAAGAAUGAAGUGUCAAACAAAUGUAGAGAGGAAAUUGAAGUUGCAAUCAGAGAUGCAUACCUGACAACAGACAUGGAGUUUCUGAAGCAAGGUGUAGGUGGUGGCACUUGCUGUGUUACUGCAUUGAUACAAAGAGGUGAUCUUGUCGUAUCAAAUGCUGGUGAUUGUCGUGCUGUUAUGAGCCGAGGAGGUGUUGCAGAGGUUCUAACAUCUGAUCACCAACCUUCAAGGGAAGAUGAGAAAGACAGAAUUGAAGCUCUGGGUGGCUAUGUGGAUUGUUGCCAUGGUAUUUGGAGAAUUCAAGGAUCUCUUGCUGUAUCUAGAGCAAUUGGAGAUCAAUCUCUCAAACGAUGGGUAAUAGCUGAACCUGAGACUAGAUUACUAAGAAUUCAGCCUGAUUGCGAGUUCCUAAUCCUAGCCUCAGACGGCCUUUGGAACAAGGUUUCCAACCAGGAGGCAGUGGAUUUAGUUCGGCCUUCAUGUGCAGGUGUGGAUAGACCAGACCUAUUUUCUGCUUGUAAAAAGCUUGUAGAAUUGUCAUCAUGGAGAGGCUCCUUCGACGACAUAAGUGUGAUGAUAAUUCAGUUAGAUCAUUUUGCUUAAUGAUCUGCCAAUUUUUUAUCCUCUUCUAAAUAUACAUGCUCAUUCUUAUUGAUCGGAAAGUUGUGGCUAAUGGUGCUGAAAGAAUACAGACAACCGUUCUCAAAAUUGCUUUGAUCUACAAUCUUGUACGGGCGGGGUUGAGGGUGGUGGUCGCUGUGGCAUUGGUGGUUCAAGUUCGACAACAAGAACGAUUUUAAACAUGCCACUGUAAUUGUUUUCUGGGCAAAUUUUUAACAGGUCAUUUUGUUGAAAGAAAAUGUUCUGGAUGCCAACCUUGGAAGAAACUUUCUGUGAAUAUGGGAACAAUGGUUGAUUUAUUUAUUUCUAACAAUGCCUCAAUAAAUCUAGUCUUGUGGUUCUCAAGCUGCAUCCAUUUGAAGAUUAAUGCCUAUCUGCCUCUAAGGUGGAAAUGUGUGGAGAUAGAUGACCCCUGCACAGUAGUGUUUUUAUAAAGUAUAAGUGGCUUGAAUUCUUCUAUUUUGGCCUAUAAAGUUAUUGAUUUAAAGGAACUUUUGAAUUCAUGCGGUGACUAUAAAUUCUAGGACGGAGG